GGUAUCUCCAUGGUUACAGGUAAAAACAAAUCAGUCAAAGAAGGGGAUUGAAGCUAAAGCCACACGAAGCAAAGUAAACAGAGUAAAAAAUAUGGACACCGCAGAAAAUGGACAGGUCCUGGAACAGAUCCCUUUUCUUGACAAAUUUGACGAAGAUGAAGCUGAAAAAGAGAUUCUUCUGUCAAAACCAACCUGCUUCAUUAUUAUUGGAAAGCCUAGCAUAGGCAAGUUCACACUAGCCAAGAGAUUAUCACAGACCUGGAAAUGCGUCCUUAUUAAUGCUACUGAACUCAUAAAGCAACAUAUUGCCAUUAAGACAGAACAUGGCUUAAAGUUUAUGGAGUUGCUUAAUCAAGGACUAAGCAUUCAUGAAGAGCUGGUCAUAAAGAUUAUUCUGGACAAGAUUAACUCACCAGAAGUUGAACAUCAUGGUUAUGUUCUAUGUAGCCUUCCUUCCAUGUCAGAGGAAUACCUUAAGAUCUCAGAGCAGAUGGAGCUGAUAAAAAAUCUGAAGCUGAAACCAGAUUUCAUCAUAAACAUUAAGUGUCCUGACUAUGACCUGUGUAAUCGGCUGUCUGGGCAAAGGCAACAUCCAGAAACAGGGCAGUUGUACCAGAAGGAACAGUGGGACCCUGAGAAAGUAGAGAAAAAGAAGAAAAAACAAACUGGAGAAAUGGAAGAGGCAGAAGAGGAGGAAGAAGAAGAAGAGGAGCAGGAGGCAGAGGAAAGUGAACUCCAAAAAGAGAAUGUUGCUCAAUUUGUGAAACGGCCAGAAGAUUUUUUGGAAAACUCAGAGAGAAGCAUUGCACUUUAUAAAGACACUUUACUCAUUCCUUUAGAGGAUUAUAUGACUGAUCAUGAUCCGCAGUACCUGAUUGAACUGGACGGUAACAUGAGUCCCAAUGAGCUGUUUAUGUCAGUAAUAUCCCGACUGGAGUCCAUGGGUCUGAGAAGUGUGGCGGUGGCAGUCAGAUUACUAGAGUCUGAGGAAGAGGAGAUUGAUACUGAAGAGCUGUUGAGAACCCUUUCAGCCAGUAAUAUGGUGGCUCCAAGAUACAGGUGGCGAAGGAGUCGGUGGGGUCGGGCCUGCCCUGUAGCUUUGAAACAAGGACACAUCAUCAUGGGAAAACCAAAUUUCUCUGUUGGGUUCCUGGAUAAAAUAUAUGUGCUUUCAACCCAAGAAGCCAUGGACAAAUUUAUGUCAAACCCCCGGCCAUACCUCCUGCCCCCCAUGCCUAGGCCCCCCUGUAAAGUAGUGGUUGUGGGACCACCAUCCUCAGGAAAAACAACACUUUGCAAUUUAAUUGCAGAAAAAUACGGUGCAAAGGUUGUGGACAUGGAGAAGCUGAUCCAGACCCUGCUGACUGAAGAGCGAGAGAAGAGCCUGAAGAAGGUCACAGAGAUGACACUGCCUGUUGCACUUGGAGAGGUGAUGGAGAACCAUGAACAACAGGUGAUAAACGGCCUGACAGCAAAUGCAGAUGGUGUAUCGACUAUACCAGAUGAGCAACAGGGAGAUACAAAAUCAGUUUCAUCAAGUGAAAAAAGUUUUAAACAAAGUCUCCCGGCAACAACACCAACACCCCUUCCUACCGAUGAAGUCAUCAAGAAUGAGAUGCAGCUUCCGAUUACAUUUUCGGUUGAAGCCUAUAUAGAUACACUGGAAAAGGCCAUCCAUCAGACUAGUGAAGAACGAGGUACCGAAGUUCCAAUUGGAGGAGGAUGGGUGUUGGAUAACUUCCCAAAAAGCAAAGCUCAGUUGAUAUUGAUGCAGGAGAGGGGACUUAUGCCUGAUUGUUUAAUCUGUUUGAGAGACAGUGAAGAUGAUGGUAAGUAUCUCCUUAGAAGACUUUAUUUACUGAAUCAGGAUCAGAUUAAUUCUGCCAUUUUGGAAAGACUGAAGGAAGAAAGAACAGCGAGAGUACAUGAAGCAAGGGAAAGACAACAAACAAAGUUGGAGGCUUUAAGAGAAGCAGAGCUGAGGACGGAGGAAGAUAAGCAGGGCAAGCUUGAGGCAGUAGAGGAGUUAUCAGAAGAACAAGAUAUAAAAGAACAUUCACAAUCAGAAACAGAUGACAACCUGUCACAAACCGACGCAGAUAGUUCACAACUUGAGACACAGUCUGAGGUGGAACCGCAAGCCAAGACUGAGGUUGAACCGAAGUCUGAGGUGGAAACAGAUCUUGAGGAUGAACCAGAAAUUACUUUGCCCCCGAUUUUGGAAGAUGGUUACCCAGAGGUCACAGAGAUGGAAAAGUACAAACUUCAGGUGAAGAACUUCAUAUUGGAGUGGCAGACCAUGGAAAGCAUUUUAGCAGGAACCUCUUCCGUCAUGCCCACACUGUUGGAGAUUGCUGGGAAAACCCCUCUGACUUUACUCAGUGAUGCAGUCACCAAAAUUGAGAUGCCUUUAAAGUACAAAGCCUGGGAGAUGACAGGGGUGGAUCUGGAUGAGGAGGAGGAAGAUGCCCAGGCAGCUGCUGAGGCUGAGGAGCAGAACUUGGAAGAAGAAGAAGAAGAGGAAGAAGAAGGCAAAGACGAGGCAGAGAAAGAAAGCCCUUCACAAAGGAACAUGGGAGACAGCAAGCACUUCUGUCCAGUAACUCUCAAGGAGAAAAACAUAUUGUUUCCAUGCACUGAUGAAUAUGCUGCCAAGUAUAAAGAAAAGGUUUACUAUUUUUCUAGUAGUGAAGCCCGGGAAACUUUCCUGCUCAACCCUGAGGUGUAUGUGGCUAAGACCGAACCACUCAAAGCCCCUCCAGUGAGAGUGUUUCUUCUGGGUGCACGUGGCUCUGGCAAAACAACCCAUGGUAAGUGGCUGGCCAACAAACUGAGCAUCUUCCAUAUCCAAUUCAAAGAAUGGCUGCAGGAGCGCAUCAUGUUUAAAACUCAGAAAAAGAUCAGGCCUACAGAUGAAGAGGAGCAGGCCACCGAUGAAGAGGAGGAGGUGCCCCAGGACCUGGUGGACAUGCUGGCCGCUCGAGGUUUGGAACUGCCUGCUGAGCUUAAGUCUGAGGAAAAGCAAGAGGAAACUCCAGCUGAGGUGGAGCUUAACGAUGAAGAGGAGGCAGUCAGAUCUUACCUGUCUGAUAAUGAGGCGUUGCCUCCAGAGGUUCUCGACAUGAUCGUUCCAAAGUGCUGGGAGGAGGAACCUUUCCGUUCCAAAGGGUUUAUAUUGGAAGGAUUUCCACAAAGCCCAGAGGAAGUCCAGUACCUGGUGGAGCGCAGUCUGUUCCCAGACACCUUUGUGAUUAUGGAACUGGCAGUAACUGAUAUCAUACAUCGUUUGUUGCCCCCGGUCUUAUCCAAAUGGCAGAAUAAACGAAAUAAGAAGCUGGAGAAACAGAGGAUUAUCAAAGAAUUGAAAAACAAAUUGAGGGAGGAAGCAAUUGUUAAAAGGAGAGCUGAACUCUUAGCUGAACAAGCAGAAAAAAAGGUAAAAAAGGAUAGAGAGGAAGACAGUGAAGAGGAGGAGGAGGUGGAGGAAGAGGCGGAGGAAUAUGAUAUUGAGUCAGCCCUCUUGGACGAGUUCCCGCCAGAGGAGGAUGAGGACGAUGCAGAGGAAGAACAGGAGGGUGAAGCCAUUGAGCGAUUGGAAUCAGAAAUAGGGGAGAGGUUUCAGUCAGACACCAGCAGUCUUCAAUCUGUUCAGGAAUUGUUGCUUGAAAAUCAUAUACCCAAGAUCACUGUCAGGGCAGAACGGAUGUCCCAUAUUGUGCGCUUCCAGCUGUUUGAAAAGCUGAAGCCCCUGGUGGAGAACAGAGAGGCUAUUUUCGAGAAAUGCUACCCACUGAGUUUCAGUCUAGCUCGCAAGCUUCUACACUCCUCAUAUAAAAUCACCAGUGGUUUUGGCUGCUGGGACCCUGUCAAGCUAAGUGAAGGAGCUGUGAUUCAGCCGAUACAAGGUCCUCAAAACCCAAGCUACCCUGUGAUCUACCGCCAGUUCAUUUACUUCUUUGCGUCCAAGCAGAACAGAGACAAAUUCAUAAUGCAUCCCAUCAAAUACCUUCGACAACCCAAACCAAAGCCUAUGGUGCCAAUCAAGGUUGCAGUUGUUGGACCCCCAAAAUCUGGAAAGAGCACUGUUGCCAAAAUGUUUGCACGUGUGCAUGGUCUGCAACGUUUGUCAAUAGGAGAGGCCAUACGUUCGCUGUUGUCCAAUCAAAAACAGAGAGAGUUGACCAUUCAGAUAAAAAAAUAUCUAACCCAGGGUUUGGCAGUUCCAGACGAACUAGCAGUUCAGUGUCUGGAUUUGGCCCUGAUGGACCUUGUUUGCCAAAGCAGAGGAUUUGUUCUUGAUGGCUUUCCUAAUACAAAGAAGCAAAUGGACCUCUUGGAAGCCCGCUGUAUAAUCCCUGUGAGGAUCUUUGAGUUACAGAUGGAAACACAGGAGGUUCUAAAAAGAGGAUUAAUCGAUAAAAUCAAUAAUGAGAGGCCCUACCCACUGCAUGACAGUCCACAAAUUCUCGCCAUCCGCAAUUCAUGUUACAAGACCGAGAUCCUUGGUGUCAAAAAGUACUAUGAAGAGCAAUUCCAGAACUGGGUGGUUAUUGAUGGUGAGAGGAGCAAGUGGUGGGUGUGGAAUAAAGUACUUGAGGAGGCAAGUACAAGUGUGAAGCAAAUUCAGACUUACCUGGAGAGGAUUAGAGAAGGGAAAUCAGCCAGCAUUGAUCGGUUAUGCAUCACACCCCAGGAGCUGCUAUCUCGUUUGGGAGAGUUUGGCCAGUACUGUCCUGUCAGCCUCGCGCUGGACAAAAAGCUGGUGGAUUGCUCCCUCUCCACAUCUUUAGAGUACACAGCCGAAUUCCGUGGGCACUAUUACAAAAUGAAGUCUGGGGAGUAUUUGCAGAAAUUCCUUGAUACACCGGAGAUGUUUGUCCUGCCACUAGCUCCUAACCCCCUCCCUCCACCACACCUGUUGCCGAAGAAACUGUCUGCGGCAGCUGUUAAGGCCAAGUUCCCCAAACAGGCAGAAAUGCUGGGAUACUGUCCUGUGACUUACCUGGAUGGAAAACAGAGAUAUGAAGCACUUGUUCCUGGAAACAUUGAGCAUGCUGCUGAAUACAGGGACAAAAUUUUUAUUUUUGCCAGUGAAGAAAAGCUGGAAACAUUUCUGAGGUUACCUGAAACAUAUUGGAAUCAAAAACUCCCAAAAAAACUCCCACCAAAGAAAGAACCAGUGUUGCUUACUUCCCUUCCGAUGCUGGGUUACCUUGAACAAGGGACAGCAACUUCAAUAAUAAAUGCUCUGACGGCUGUCGGUUGCUUGAAGCCUAAGUACCCAUUUCUCAGUGUGACGAAAUCUGCUCUGCUAUAUCUGGGGUACCAUUUAAAAGCAUAUAACCCCAGAAAUUCGGACUAUGUGCGUAAGAAGUACAAGAAGAAGCUGGAACAGUUUGAAGAGUGCUGUGAACUUGUAUCAUACCUGGGAUCAAAAAUGACUCACAAAUACAAGGAACCUCAAGAAAGGCCUAUUGACUUUGAUCAUAAACUUCAUACGUUUUUGUCUCUUAAAGGGACUGAACCAACUUCAACUUGGGUUGUUUAAUAGCCUUCCUGAGCUUCUUUACAUUCAGCGUGAAGUUGACACAAAAUUUAACUUUUUCUUCUGCACAAUUCUAAUAUGUUAAGAAACUAUAUUCUCCAUUAACUCGUGCUGUUUUUAAUUCAUACGGUGUAACAUACUCUGUAAACCAAAUAGCGGCAUCAAUGUUGUGCAUAAUUUGGUGUCUUGGUAAAUUAUUUAUGAAAUGCCAGUGUGAAAAGGGUCUUUCUUUGCCUUGGUAAGGGGAACACAAAGCAUACCGCAUAUAGUAUUUUGUUUGAAAUGCUUGUAUAAAGAGUUUGUAGAUAUGCAUACUAUCAACAAAUCCAUAAACUGUAUUAGUCAGUUCUUCGAUACUCCCAGUUCAUAUGAAAACAUAAUUUGAUAAUAGCAAUAGGCUAAAAUGUCCUGCUUUGGAUAUACAAUGUGUGAUCAAUUACCAGUAGAAAUAAUAAUAAUAAUAAUAAUAAUAAUAAUAAUAAUAAUAAUAAUAGAAAAUGAUUCAGUGCCAUCAGCUUCCAGCUCUAGCGGACUUCAUCAGAUGGUAGGUGCCCAUCAAUCAUCAACUGUAAAUCAAAUUUAAAAUCAAUCAACAACAAACAACAAACCGAGACACAGACAGUUCAGUAGUAAUAUUGCUCCAUUCAGAUAUCUGGCACUGUCCAGAUAAACUAUAUGUAACUCUGAUAAGUAAAAAGUUAUUUGUUUAAUAAACUUAUUUGUUUUUUUGUCUCAUUA